AUGGCGACAAUAAUUCUGCAGCCGAGGCCUGCGACGCUCUUCGCCAAGGUGCGACCGCUGGAGGACUCGACGCAGCGCAAACAGCUCUGCUCCAAGCGACCGAUACGCCCGAGCCAGGCCUUUGCAGCCAAGACGCCGACCGCAAGAGCCUCAACAACGGGUGCGACACCCGCCUCCGCCGCCGACCACCGUCAACGGCCGAAGCUGCACCUGGGCCUGUUCGAGAUUGGCAAGCCGCUCGGCAAGGGCAAGUUUGGGCGGGUGUACCUGGCGCGGCACCGGACGUCGGGGUUCGUGUGCGCGCUCAAGGUGCUGAACAAGGACGAGGUGGUGGCCGAGGGCGCCGAGGCGCACGUGCGGCGCGAGAUUGAAGUGCACAGCCAGCUGCGGCACCCGGCCGUCAUUGGCUUCCACGGCUGGUUCCACGACUCGCGGCGCAUCUUCAUCAUCCAGGAGUUCGCCGCCGGCGGCGAGCUGUACAAGUCGCUGCGCAAGGCCGGCCGCUUCUCGCAGCGCCGCGCCGCCGCGUACGCCGCGCAGGUCAGCCAGUCGCUCGCGUACCUGCACGGCCGCAACGUCAUGCACAGGGACCUCAAGCCCGAAAACAUCCUCGUCGGCCUGCGCGGCGAGCUCAAGCUCGCCGACUUUGGCUACAGCGUCUACGCGCCCAGCAACCGGAGGCAGACGCUGUGCGGCACCCUCGACUACCUGCCGCCCGAGAUGCUCAACCAGCGCAAGCCCUCGUACUCGCGUGCCGUCGACCAGUGGACGCUCGGGGUCUUGACGUACGAGUUUUUGACCGGCGAGCCGCCGUUUGAGGAGGACCAGAUUCACAUGACGAAGAAGAGGAUCGUGGCGGGGGACAUGAAGCCCCUGCCGUCAUCAAUAUGUCCCGAGGCACGGGACUUUGUGCAUUCGCUGUUGCAACAGGAUCCGGCGAAGCGAUUACCACUAGCAGAGGUUAUGAAUCAUCCGUGGAUAAAGAAGUAUUGCGCAAAGCAAUGA